GUCGGCUAAAACACACGCGACGUGAUUUCAGGUAGCCCCAGUGCUUUUUAGAGGAAAAAGACUUUGACGCGAUUUAAUUGUCCGAGGUUUUCUACUGUAAGAGAUUCUCAAAUGACGCGUAUCGUAUAUGCAACGAUUGGAUCUACUUUAAAACCAAACAGGCUAAGAGCGGGUGCAUAGGACCAGCGAUGAAACGAUGCGAUCAAGGCUGCCUUCCGGGAUCUUUCGGUAACAUGCGCAUUAAAACUUCUGCUGUUCGCGGAAAAUAGUUUCCUAGGUAACUCAAGGGGCCCCGUGGUAGCUUAACGGGAAACGUAUCUGCCUGCUAGUCUUUGAAACAUGUUGUUGUCUAGGUCCGAACCCGCGUACAGACCGACUUCUUUUGACUUCGUACUGAGAGCCAGUCGUCUGAUGGAAUGCUUACGGGCGAUACCGAACAUACGACCCGAAACAUUCAUCAUAGAGAUAUUUCAAAAGAAGUACCAGAUUUCUUCAGGUCUGCCGUCAACGAACAAUCAAGCGAGAAGAAAGGUGAGAAAUAAUUAAAAGGGGACGUUGACUCCUUAGCUGAUAUCAGUUUAAUUUAAUCACUAAACCAAUCAAAGACGCACUUGUUGAAGAGAAGCCAUAUGUUCUAUUGGAGAACGCUAUCAAAUCAAUCAACCUUUUAUCUUAUCAGUCCCUGUGGUGAUGUUUACUGAAACUAAUUUCGAGUAUUAGCACAUAGCCAAAUAUAUAAAUAAAAAUAGCACAGGACAGACAACGCGCCUGUUAGUCUCAUAUGUUGUCAAAGCUUUUCUAAGGGCUGUCGACCAGGCGUUUUUUAGUAUAUAAGUUUCAUGGUCAAACACUGGAUACUGAAAUAUUGUAUACAUUUGUGUGUAUUGCUCCUUAAAUGUUAGUAGUGCCAAGCACGAUUGUAGCGCUAACUCAAGGCAUCACGUCUACACUACAUUUUACGUCACCUGUACGUAAUAUUACGAUAAAAAGCAGGUGAAAGAAUUCGAACAGAUGCGAUCCCAUGAGAAUUCAUCGAAACUCAAGCUUCGACAGGGCAGAGUGAUCUUCUUUGUUUUGUCGUUCAUCGAGAAUACAGAUUGCUUGGCUCCUGCUAGCUAAGGACCGUAAGAAAUAGAUGACUCACUGUUUGAAGCACGCAGUAAAAUACGGGCUAACGGCCUGGUUAAAUAGAAUGAUGAUGUUCUUACUAGCGGCAAGAAUUGUAGGGAAUAGUUAUCCACAUUUAACAUUAUAAAACAAUCGUUGUAUCAACUCACCGACUGUAGUGUCAGGAAUGGUUGGACAGCAUAUGAAACUGUCUACAAGGCUCCCUUUAAUUAAUAUGAUAGAAUUAGACCGAAAAGAAUUUCUUGGAAUCAUUCUUCUAUUUUCACCAAAAAUCUAUAGUGUUAUAUAUAUAUAUAUAUAACACUAUAACGAUAUAUAUAUAUAUAUAUAUAUAUAUAUAUAUAUAACGAGACCACACUCGAGCAAGAUUGGCACAAAUAGCAAAUUUAACUUAAAAAAAGAUGUUUUUUUAUGAAACCUUCAUUUCAUCAAGGUGCAUAUUCAAGGUACGCUUCACCACCAUCGGGCUUUUCACUGUCCGCGUGACAAAGGCUGGUUUAGUGGAGAGCACGUUUAAGUUUUUGUUGACCUGAUGACGCAAUGUGAAUUAUCUAGUUAAAGUAACUUUUAUGAUGAAGCAAUGAUCUAAGUGUUCUUGCGAUAUACACACUUCAUUAUAGCGGUCGAAGUUCAACUGGAAUUAACAACUCGUUUUGGUCGCGGUAAUGUAUAUAUCUUAAGCUUUAUCCAUGGUUGUUUUUGAACUGGUCAAGAUUUCUGAACGGUAUUUUCGUUUUUUUUUGCAUCAUAAAUUUAUGCUAGACUGGGAAAGUAUCCGUCGUCAUCUGACGAGUUCAUUUGAAGCGUUUCAAUUACCAGCAGCAUUCUAAAAGCAAUCCAGCAUCAGAUAUUUUCCAUUUUUUAUAACAGACUAUAUUGAGUUUUAUUUGCCGGUAUCGUAGACGAUUUCAUAACUGUCGUCCAAUCUCAAGGAAAAAAAUCUUCGAUUCUGCUCUUCCAUCCAUCAUCAUUACCAUUUUAUUUAUUAUAAGUGAUUAAACCUGUUCCUCUACGCCUUUUCAGAUUACUUACGAUAAUAUACAUGGCAAUAACAAAAGGAGUUUUCACUUGAACGGAAUACCUAGGAGGGGCCCUCAAGCCUCUGCGCUGUCAGUAUUAUGCAAUGUCAAGGGUGAUGAUUUUUCCAUUGCCCUGCACGUCGAUCCGCACGCUCAAAUGCAGGGAAAACGAACCAAAAUUUGCAUUGAUUGUUGUACUUCUAAGUGCGUGGUGCUAUCCGAAUAGCCACGCGUUGCUGUACCCCCGAGAAGGUCCUACGAGGCAGGUGAAACGUUUAGAUGGGGUGUGGAAUUUUAAGCUUGCGCCCAUCAAUAACCCAGACCAAGGAUUUGUUGAUGCCUGGCACAGCGACGCUUGGAACAAGAUGGGUCUCUCGUAUGAGCCGAUGCCAGUUCCUGCAAGCUACAACGACGUAGGCCAGGAUAAGGCCCUACGCGAUCACGUUGGUUGGGCCUGGUAUCAGAAAGCCUUCUAUGUACCGACAGCCUGGAAAAGCAAGAGAAUAAUGCUCUACUUCGGCAGCGCCCACUACAAUACAAUAGUGUUUGUCAACGGAAAACUGGUACUUCAACAUGCCGUAGGCCAUCUGCCGUUCGAAGCGCAAAUCAACAAUUUCCUUGUCAGCUCGUCCAUCCCUAAUAUUCUCACCGUUGCCAUUAACAAUACGCUGACGUACGAUACAAUUCCGCAGGGAACCCUGAUACUCAAGAUCAACAGUACAGGUUAUCCGCCAUUUUUCUACAGGAAUACGGGCAAUUUCGAUUUCUUCAAUUAUGCAGGAAUUCAUCGAAGCGUUUUCUUGUACACAACUGAACAAGUUUACGUGUAUGACGUUGAUGUUAACACGGUUAAAGCCGAUAAGAAAGAAUCGAUUAUCAGUUUCAAUGUAGCUCACACUGGUUCAUCUGCCCUCAGAUGUCGUUUGUCUGUACGAGAUAGGCAGGAUAAUGAGGUGCUCGUAACCGAAAAUUGUUCCGGUCUAUUUAAAAUGAAAAACGCUCAACUGUGGUGGACUCACGAUCUCAGCAAGGAACCCGGCUACCAGUACAUAAUGAUGGUGAACGUGUUAAAUGGAACUAAACUUAUGGACUCGUACCCAGUUAAGUUUGGCAUCCGAACGAUUGAAGUCAACGGAGCACGAUUUCUUCUCAAUGGAGAAGAUUUUUACUUCACUGGAUUCGGCAAACAUGAGGAUUCCGACAUUCGCGGUAGGGGCCUUGACAAUGCCCUGAACGUGAAAGAUAUGAAGCUGGUAAAGUGGCUGGGAGCGAACUCGUUCCGUACUUCGCACUACCCCUAUUCCGAAGAACUGAUGGAUCUCGCGGACGAAAUGGGAAUUGCCGUUAUUGAUGAAACUCCUGCAGUCGGUCUCAUGAGGUUUUCCAGCAAUGUUCUGCAGCUUCACAAGGACAUCCUCACUGACUUGAUUGACCGCGAUAAGAAUCGGCCGUCGGUAUUUGUGUGGUCGGUAGCCAACGAACCAGAGUCGAACCAAAACUCGAGUCGGGAUUACUUUCAACAGGUUGUAAAACAUGUGAAGAGUCUCGAUAAAUAUCGACCAGUAUCAGCUGCGCUGUCCGUCGGUCCCGAUGAAGACCAAGUCGGUCAAUUUAUGGACGUGAUCAUGUUUAAUAAAUACGCUUCGUGGUACAGUGAUUCCGGAGAGCUGGACGUUAUUUACAGCCAAAUCAUUGAUUACUGCACUCGAUGGUAUACGAAACACAAGAAACCAGUAAUGAUUAGCGAGUAUGGAGCUGAUACAGUGUCAGGACUGCACGUCUCGCCGUCUUGGAUGUUUAGCGAAGAUUAUCAGAGCGAGCUUCUAAUUAAGCAUCAUCGGGCAUUUGAUCAGCUCCGCUCUCAGGGUUGGUUUAUUGGAGAACACAUCUGGAACUUUGCGGACUUUAUGACGGCGCAAGGUACGACGCGAGUCAUUGGUAAUCGGAAAGGUGUUCUAACUCGACAGAGGCAGCCGAAGGCUGCCGCCAAAAUCUUACGUUGCCGAUAUUACAUGCUGGCUAGAAUCAAUACAACCGACGAUUCUUUCUAUUGUCCCGUGCCCAGCUCUUACUGGAGCUAUCAUACGACGCAGUGACCAAAUAAGUGGGCCCAUUGUCAAGACGAUCUCGCGUUUGCUGCCUAAACAACAUGCGUAAUACGUAAUGGCAAUGGAGUGUACAAAUAUCCCCCGGAGGUUUCCGACUAAGCACAUAAACAUAAGAUCAUGUAAGCAAAAGUGAAACUAAAAUAAAGCCGCAGUAGAAACGUUUAACUCUAAUAAUUGUA